AUUUCGUAAACAACACCCCCGCCACACGAAGGCAGUGAGUAGAGCUUGCAUAUAAUCAUUUGCAUGAAAGUUAUGGUAUUAAUCAAGAAAAACUAUCUAUAAAGCGACAAUUACUGAUACGACAAACCAUUCUGACCGUAGCUGCUACCUCGACGUGGUGGUCGAAUUUGCCUAUCGUUAUCACUCGAUGGAGCCAUAUUGGUUGGAACAUAUGUUCCUUUAGAUCCUGCGAGGUUGUUUGGAGAACGGUAAGGCUGAAAGCAGCAAUUUGAGGUCUGAGGGCAUGGUCUUACUGAAAACUGUGAUAGGGCAUGACAACAGUAAAGUGUUUCUCGCGAACAACCAGCAUCUGCAGCGAUUCUACCCCUCCCUUCCGUCGAGGUAGCAGUUACGGUUAGGAUUUCUACGUCCGAUUAUAGUUUUAUCCUUUGACUUUAAAGCCUCCCGACUCAGUUGAACGUAAGGUUCUGUGGAACUGUCUGUCAUUGGAAAGCGUAUAAAAUGUACGUUAACCUUGUACAUUUUCUCUACUCGAAUAUUACUAGUUGAGUCAUAAUGUAUGGGGAACUUUCAUAGGAAUUGGUUACUUGAAGUGGCUGUUCUUCAGGGUUGUCCGCUUUUCCCAUUUUUAUUUAACUUUGUUAUAAACAUGCUUUUGAAGACAACACUUUCAUUGCCUGACUUUUCAGGGAUUGAUCUUCCUGGAGGUUCAUUUGUUGACUUAGAACACGCAGAUGAUAUAGUUGUGUUUGGUGAAGACGCUGACAAAAUACAGUCUUCUGAUCAACAAUGCCAGCAUCCGUCUCUUUCCCCAGAUGUGAAAUUUUACUUCAAGAUUGGUUUGUGUCAUUGCCUGAAUUAGUGAUAGGAAAUGAAGUAAUUGAACGCAUCGACCACUUCACCUAUCUUGUGUUUCAUUAGUCUUAAUGGUUUGGUGUCUGACGAAAUCUCGGCAUGGAUUCAGAAGGCUGUAUUGGCUUUUGCUAACCCGCGUCACUUGUGGAGCAGGCGAGAUAUCCGUCUGUCAACCAAAGGGUGUGUACUGCUCAUCAAUUCUCUCCAUUCUACCAAGCAUGGUCAUUGAGAAUAGAUAUUCGUAGGUUACUGGUAUUCGAUUAUAGGUGUCUUUAACGCAUUGGUCAUGUAUCUUUGAACCACGGAGUAAGCAAUGCCUAGGUUAGGAAUAGAGCAAAUCUCCAUGAACUGAGGUGGUCGAGACAUGUGUUACGUUUUCACAACCACCCCCUGCCUUGAUGGGCGAUGUUUUCUGGUAUAGGAGUAGGUUGAAAGAAAGCUAGGGGUGAUCAAACCAAAACAUGGCAUCAGUCUAUGAAGUCACUGACAGUUGGACUUAGCUAUGUUCAUAGGUAAAUACUACUUAGUUGGGGUCCGCGUGUUUAUCGUGACCAUUGCUUAGAGACUUUAAUUGACAUGGCUAGAAAUCGUUUGCAAUGGCAGAGGUGCAUCCACCCUUUGUUUUCCCUAAAUCCCGAUACUAAGUUCCUCACAACUUUAGUUUCACUAAUUUGUGUUUUUUUAGUCGUAUCUUCGAUACCUAAUCUUUUUCGUUACCAGUGAUACCGUUACUACCUCUGCUAUUCUGGGACUUUUCCUGUCAGUCUCAUCUCUGUUCUAAUGGGGUGUAGCAAAUUGAACGUACCAGGUACUGUGUUGUGACUGAGUGACUCAAAGAAUUUACCAUACAAAAGAUGAUAGUUUUGUCAAAUGAAUAACGAGAGAGGAUACAGGUAACACAUUCCAGAUGACAGCAGAACUGAGGUGGUCUUUAUUCUUCCAAAAGUAUAUCUUACUGUCUAUUUUGGAUGUAAAAAGCUACAGUGGUAUUGCUACUAGUUUUGAUUUUGAGUCGUUCACGACAGUCUUAAGUCAGUGGUUUGUACCGUCUGUUGGAGCCAUUUUAAGAAGUUGUGAUAAUUCAACACAUGCUAGUUUGAUACACGUAUCCCUCACUUAAAAGCUUCAUACCAUAUUGUAACUAUUUUCUACUCAUUUUACGGAUUAUCAAUACUCAGACUAGUUGCGGCAUCGUAACAAAAUAGAUAUUUCUAGUGUUUUGUAGUUUUGUUGAACCAUAAAUUGAAACCUAUUUUAUCUCCGAUCUAGACACCUAAAUUGUAUAAGUACUCCAUAUAAACCAAUCGAUGAAUUUUGACAUCGGUAGCUUGUGGGAAAAUGUAGUUUCAGAUCAAAACCAAUAGGAGUAGUUACAUUUUUUCAUUUUCUAUUUAAAUAACAGAACAAGGUAACAAGGAUUAUUAAUGACAAUUCUCCCUGUAUUUGUAUUGAAUUGGUUUAAAUUCACCAGGCUACUAUUUCAUUUUAACGAUAUAUGUCUGGGGACUUGGACAGUAUCACUGCGUACUCACAAAUCAAGUGACUUGUAUGGCACAUAUAUAUUCGGUGCCCCUUUGUACCAUUCAGUUAGUUACAACGUAAGAUCAGGCAUAUAUAUUCAUCGGUUCAAGUUUCCAUACUUCAUUAGCAUAACAAGAUGAACACCGAAUUCAUAGAAGUAGUAGUUCAUUGAUUGGUGGUAAUCUAUAAAAGAAAAAUUGCAUAUAAGGACCUAGUACAAGAAGAAAGAAUUAGUGUUUACAUAAUUAUUAUUAACGAUAAAAACCACCUAAUCUUUUUUCUGUAGGUUUAUUUAUAAGAAAAUUUUCACUUGGAAUUUAUUCUCAAAGUUUUGAAAAAGUAAUACAAUUCCUUGAUUCAUUCUUUGAUGCCUAUGAUAAUGAAAUGUGUUCUAUAUCAAAUCUUGAUACUGAAGAUUUAAUUGUACAAAAGUUUGCUCAUUCAUUCACUAGAGAUCAAUAUUUAAUAUCAACUCGUAAUCAAGCUUUAGAUGUUUGUUCAGAAAUUAUUGAUUCUAUUGGAAAAAUUGGUGGACGUCCUAAUCUUAAUCUACAAAAAUACAAUGAACUUUUAUUAUUAGCUAAAAAAAUGUAUCCUGAAGUAUCAUAUACGCAUUAUGCCUCACAUGUAUAUGCUUUGCAUAAACGAAAUCUUACGAUGGCUGAGAACGAAUUACAUGCAUACUUUGAAACAUGUAUGGCAUCGGUACAAAAUCCAGAAAUAUCAUUAACGUCAACAUUUUCUGGAGCUGGCACAGUAUCGACAACUACAACGACAACAGCAGGACAAGGAACAAUCACAUCAUCAGUGUUAACUCCACCUAUCAAUUCUAGUAAUACCUGUGCUCAUAUGGCAGUGACUGGUGCUGCAAUGCAUUUAAAUUUCGGUCAUUGGUAUAAAGGAAAAUGUUUGAUUAAGGAAGCACUUCAAAAAUCUCUAGAAAGUGAAUCUAAAGAUUCAUUGGGUCAUGUUAAAGUCACACAUACUUUAUUGAAUUCAAGUACUGAUCCAUUUCGUUAUGAUAAUGAAGUACCUAUGAAACAAUCAUUUAAAUUAAAUGAUGUUACAUUAACUGAAUUUCGUACAAAGUUUUGGAAUACAUUAGAUAUAGGAUCAGAACCAUAUAAACUAUUAACUGUUUACUUCAAUUCAGUUAAUACUAUAUCUCAAGCAUAUUUUACUGUUUGUCAAUUGGAUUUAGCUACAAUGUGGCAAUUUUAUGGUUAUCCAAAUAUGGCCACUGUAUUGAUGCAGUGUAUAAUUAAUGCAGAUUGUUUAGAACCAUGUCCUUAUUCCGAUACUGUAUUAGCUAAUGCUUUUGCAAACAUUAUAAAAGAGUUUAAUUCUAUGGGAUCAAUUGAGACAGCAUUAAAAUUAUCUAAAAUAUGUCGAUCUACAUUGUGUCGUUUUCCAAACCAAUCACCUUUACUACAAGCUAGCAUGGAAGUUGAACUGGAGCAACAUUUAAGAUCUGGUUAUGAUUUAGCUCAAUGCGAUCGUUUGGUUAAUUCAAUAAAACUUUAUUGUCCAUGGGAAGCUGCUAUAAGGCAAGCUGAAGUUGAACAAAAACGUGGCAAUGUAUCUUAUACACAUGAUAUUCUACGUUAUAUUAUUGAUAGUGUCAUUGCAAGACGUGAUCAUGACUGUGGACUAUUACAACAAUCGGCGAAUAAUAAUAAUAAGUUUUUACAUUCAAAUGAAUUAUGGAGUCAAACAAAACCAUUUUCCCAUAUAAUAUUGCCUACAUUUCCUGAGCAUACACCGGUUGGUGGAUUAUGUAAAUUAGCAUUGAUUGAGUUACGUGCACAUUUGGCUCUAAUUGAAUUGUUGAUUACAUUGAAGCUUUAUGUAUAUGCUUUCAACGAGAUUGAUAUCACAUUAAAAUUAUGUAAUCAUUAUCGAUUAAAUUUAGGUAUAGAAAUGAUUAAAUUAUUACAAUGUGCUAUCCAUUUAUCUAUGAAUAACAAUAUGAUGAUGAAUACUAAUCCUACUAAUGAUAACAAUGCUAAAAUUGAUCAUAUUGAUGUUGAUCCAACCUCUCUAUGGAUUAAUGGAUUAAAACAAACAAAUUCCAAUGUCAUAUUUGAAUUGAAUAAUAGUUUAGAAGAAAUAUUACAUCGUACAGAUCAAUUAACAAAAUAUCGUUGUCAAGUAUUUUUGAGUCGUACACGACUAUUAAUUGACAUCAAUGAGAAUAAUCAUUCAUUUAUUCAAAUGCAUAUGUCAGAACUCUUAAAAGCACUCAACUAUUAUCGACAAUUAGAUGAUAGAAAACGUAUACUUGAUAUUCUAGUAUUAAUGGCAGCAGCAUUGAACUCAGUCAAUGAAUAUGUGAAACGAAAUGAAGUGUCCAAAUCAUUUCACAUAUUACGUGAACAUUUUGGUUUUAAAAAUUUACCUUCAAAACGUUUUAUUGUUGAUAUUUUAUAAACAAGAUGCAUUUCCAUAAAUAAAUGUUGAAUAUUUU